UAAAAAUCCAGCAUUGGGCCAUGGAUAAGCGUAGUCUGGGAACACACAGUGGGAAGGAACCACACAAAUGCCUGUCCUGUGAUAGGACCUGCUCUGUGAUAAGUUUCAAGGAGACAUUAUGAACAUGAUGGAAGAAUGCACAAAGGCGGGAGACCAAUCUUACAAAUGUCAGUACUGUGAUGAGAUGUUUGCUGCAAAAUGGAGCUGCGAAGUUCAUGAACGAAUUCACACUGAUGAAAAAACACAGAAAUACCAGUACUGUAAUAAGACAUUUAUGAAAGAGCAAGAUUGUAUUGAUCAUGUAAAAAUUCACACAGGAGAGAAACCAUACAAAUGUCAGCACUGUGAUAAGACAUUUACACAUAAAAGUAAUUGUGUUCUGCAUGAAAAAAUUAACACGGGAGAGAAACCAUUCAAAUGUCAGCACUGUGAUAAGACAUUUACUGCAAAAAAGUAUUGCAUUGAACAUGAAAAAAUUCACACAGGAGUGAAACCAUACAAAUGUCAGUACUGCAGUAAGACAUUUAUGAGAAAACAGCAAUGCAGUUUUCAUGAAAGAGUUCACACAGGAGAGAAACCAUACAAAUGUCAGUACUGUAGUAAAACAUUUGCAAAUAAACAACAGUGCAAUAGACAUGAAAUAAUUCACACAGGAGAGAAGCCAUACAAAUGUCAGUACUGUCAGAAGGCAUUCACUACGAAAAGGAGUUGUGUUGUUCAUGAAAGAAUCCAUAGAGGAGAGAGAACAUACAAAUGUCAGUUCUGUCAUAAGAAAUUUAAUCCUACAUAUAAUUCUGAUAUACAUGAAAGAAUUCAAACAGGAGAAAAAACAUACCAAUGCCAGUACUGUAGUAUGACAAACAAUAUUGAAUGCCAUGACAAUGAAAGAAUUCACACAAGAGAGAAACCAUACAAAUGCAAGUAUUGUCAUAAAUCAUUUACUCUAAAAAGUAAUUGUGUCAGACAUGAAAGAAUUCACACAGGAGAGAAACCAUUCAAAUGUCAGCACUGUGAUAGGACAUUCACUAGUAAAGAUAAGUAUAUUGUACAUGAACGAAUUCACUUGGGGGAAAAACCCUACAAAUGCCAGUAUUGCAGUAAGACAUUUAAUGAAAAAAAAUAUUACAUUACUCAUGAAAGAAUUCACACCGGAGAGAAACCAUUCAGAUGCCAGCACUGCAGUAAGACAUUUACUGCAAAACGGUAUUGCACUGAACACGAAAGAAUUCACACAGAGAAACCAUACAAAUGUCAUCACUGCGAUAAGGAAUUUACUAAAAAAUAUCUUUGCAUUGUUCACGAAAAAAUUCACACUGGAGAGAAACCAUACAAAUGUCAGCACUGUGAUAAGACAUUUACUCAUAAAAACAAUUGUGUUCUGCAUGAAAAAAUUCACACAGGAGAGAAGCCAUACAAAUGUCAGUACUGUCAGAAGGCAUUCACUACGAAAAGGAGUUGUGUUGUUCAUGAAAGAAUCCAUAGAGGAGAGAGAACAUACAAAUGUCAGUUCUGUCAUAAGAAAUUUAAUCCUUCAUAUAAUUCUGAUAUACAUGAAAGAAUUCAAACAGGAGAAAAAACAUACCAAUGCCAGUACUGUAGUAUGACAAACAAUAUUGAAUGCCAUGACAAUGAAAGAAUUCUCACAAGAGAGAAACCAUACAAAUGCAAGUAUUGUCAUAAAUCAUUUACUGUAAAGAGUACUUGUGUCAGACAUGAAAGAAUUCACACAGGAGAAAAACGAUACGAAUGUCACCACUGUGAUAAGACAUUCAUUAAUAAAGAUAAGUAUAUUGUACAUGAAAGAAUUCACUUGGGAGAGAAACCCUACAAAUGCCAGUAUUGCAGUAAGACAUUUAAUGAAAAAAAGUGUUGCAUUAGUCAUGAAAGAAUUCACACUGGAGAGAAACCAUUCAAAUGCCAGCACUGCAGUAAGACAUUUACUGCAAAACGGUAUUGCACUGAACAUGAAAGAAUUCACACAGGAGUGAAACCAUACAAAUGUCAGCACUGUGAUAAGACAUUUAUGAGAAAACAGCAGUGCAGUUUUCAUGAAAGAGUUCACACAGGAGAGAAACCAUACAAAUGUCAGUACUGCAGUAAAACAUUUUUUAAAAAACAGCAAUGCAAUGAUCAUGAAAAAAUUCACACUGGAGAGAAGCCAUACAAAUGUCAGUACUGUAGUAAAACAUUUGCAAAUAAACAACGGAGCAAUGAACAUGAAAGGAUUCACACUGGAGAGAAACCAUGCAAAUGCCAGCACUGUAAAAAGACGUUUACUGCAAAACAGUGUUUUGAUGAAAAACAACAGGAAAUUAAGACUGAAGAAAAACCAUACUUGUGUAAAUUUUGUUACAAAACGUUUGUCAGCAGUAACGAGUGUAAUCUUCAUGAAAGUAACCCUCACUGCAUGACAUCUGAUCCAAUAGCACAAAGACAGCGGGAUACAGAAGUUGAUCUUGGUAAAAAUCUAGUCUGCCAGAACAGUGCUGAGCCAUCACAUGAAUUAGUCAAAGAAGAAAAUGAGGACUAUCAUCCUGCACAGGAGCCACCAUAUCCAGUUGCUUUGUUUAAAAAUGCAUUUGCUUAGACUUUGAUUGGAGUGGUAUAAACUUUGUUAUGAUGCAAGAAUUGUAAAUUCAUGAGAAAUACAUUGUUGUUCUUUAAAGAAAAUAAAAAAAAUAGGACAUUCAUGCACAACUUGUACAUAAUAAUGUUAUUUGCAUGUGCACAAUCAAGUUAGUGUAGUUCUUUAGUUUUGAUGAUAAAUGUAUUCUACCUUCCUUUCUUGCUUUUUGUGAAUAUGUUGAUGUGAUAGUGUGUUUAAUUAGCAACUGGACAUGGAGGAGGACCCUUAAAACGUGACAUUUGGCUUAUUGAACCAUAGGGUUGAAUUUGCAAACUCGAAAUAUUUUGAGUAGACAAACCCAAGACAACAUGCUUUAUCCUGCCUUUUCAAUAUAUUUGUAUGUUUUGGGAGUUCAAUCCCCUUGAUGUGGUAGAGAAGAAUUCCUUCCCACUAUUGUUACUCCUGAUCACUGCCCACAAAGGUCGCUGUAGGCCAGGGUAGUCAGUUACAAACUUGUAUACUAGAGUGACUACUCGGUUCAGAGGGCAGGGUUAGCUCAUAGCAUAUUUCCUGUAUGUUGUACACUAUGGUCGGUCCACAAUGUUAUUAAGCAAGAAGUCGUGCCUGACAGUCCAAAACCUUUAUUAUCAUCUUGUAAUUUAUAAUGCUGAAACGAAUAUACAUUCUUUACAUCAUGGGCCUACAAAACUUUGUUGCAGUAUACCUUACAUGGAGGUUAAUCAAUAGUUCAAACAAGUUAAUUUUUGCACUCAGACAUAUCAGUGUCCAUCAGGUUGGAGGUUACAAUCACCAGCAAGUCAUAUCAUUGCCCUAAUAUCCCAAGUUUUUUUAAUAUUGAUAAAACGACU